AUGCAGCACAGACGAACCCUAGGUUUGCUGCUGCAGCAGCAGCAGCAGCAACAGCAGCAGCAGCAGCAGCAGCAGCAGGAAGAGGGGCCCCUCAUUCCUCUUCUACAGCUUGUGGGGGGGCCCCCUGGGGGGGGCCCCUUGGGGGGCCCCCUGGGGGGCCCCCUGGGGGGCCCCCCUCACAGCGAUGCCAAGGGGGCCCUGGUUGAACCCUCGCUGCAGUGUCUAGGGUUUGCGCUGAGGGGGGCGGGGGCCCCCCCCCGGCUGUCUCUGAGCCUCAUAAGAGGAAAGACACUGCAAGAGCUAGACAAUGGAGAGAUCCUCUUCUGCCACUGUGUAAACCCCGGGGGGCCCCCUGGGGGGCCCCCCCCCUCGCUUGAGGGUACCCUCGGCGCUGCGCUGUACCCUCAGCGGCAGCUGAUGAGACAUGGGUUUAAGCACAGCUUUCAGUUCCGUCUGGAGGCCCCUCAGGGGGGCCCCCUGGGGGCCCCCUUGGGGGCCCCCCCUGGGGGCCCCCUGGGGGGCCCCCUGGGGGGCCCCCUUGGGGGCCCCCCUGAAGGUGUUGGGGGCUGCAUCGCCCUGGUGCUGCAGAGCAGCAGGGCCCCCAUAUCGCUGAGAGAGGGGCCCCAUGUGGUGAGUGGGUACAGCAGCAGCAGCACAGCUCAGCAGGGCCCUGGGGGCCCCUGUGAUCUCUUCUGGCCUUCGCUCGGGGACUGCGUGGCGCUGGAGUUUCGCCUGGGGGUGACCCGAAACCCUCAGGACGAGGCGGGGGCCCUUCUGACGCUUGAGGCAGAUCUGCUGCUAGGUGGGGGAGCCCUGGCGUGUCAGUUUGAGGAGGGGGUGCAGCAGACGGAGGCAGCGCAUGCAUCUGCUGCUUCUUUCUUCUCCUCGCAGCAGCAGCAGCACCAGCAGCAGCAGCAGCAGCAGCAGCAGCACCUGCUGCGGCUUCCAGCGCAUCCUUGGGCUUUGCCUGGAGGGUCCCAGCAGCAAGGGGCCUCCUUGUCUGCAGCAACAGGAACAGCAUCAGCAGCAGCAGCAGCAGCAGCAGCAGCAGCAGCAACUUCUGCUUCUUGCUGCAGCACGCCUGUGCUGCUGCUGGGGCGGGGCGUUAUAGUCGAUUACUCCUUAGAAAAGGAAAGGCUGCGGGUUACAGCAACACAGUGCACACAGCAGCAGCAGCAGCAGCAGCAGCAGCAACAGCAGCAGCAGCAGCAGCAGCAGCGGCAGAGGCUCCUGGGGUCCCUUCGGGGGGCUGGUGGGGCCACCCCUGUGCUGGAGAUGAAAGGCUUUGAGCUCAGCAGCCUCAUUGCCCUUCGGCUAGGAGCAGCAUAUGUCGGGUGUAUCCGCGUUCGUCUGUGGCAGCACGAGGCGCAGCCGUCUGCGCUGCAGCUGCGUGGGUUGCAUCAGCAGCAGCAGCAGCAGCAGCAGCAGCAGCAGCAGCAUUUGUCUCUGGAUGGGGGGCCCGCAGAUGCCUUCGUGCUGCAGCUGCAGCUGGACCCCCAGGGGGCCCCCUGGCCGCUGCCGCUGCUGCUGGGUGAUGCUGCUGUUGAUACUUACAACUCGCUCUUCUCUCUGCUGCUGCAGCUCAGGUCUUACGCCCGCGGUCCAUCUCCCUUGCGGUUUGCCUGCAGCCGCACAGCUCCUCUCCCCAUCAGCAGCAGCAGCAGCAGCAGCACAGCAGCAGCAGCAGCAGCAGCAGCAGCAGCAGCAGGGGCUCAGGUGUCUCCUCACGCUGUCUCCACACAGCUGUGGGCCGCCCGCAGUGAGCUCGCUUUUUAUAUUUCUUCUGUCUCCAAAUAUUUUCAGUAUUAUGCAAUAGGUCCUGUAUUCUAUGAAAUAGAAGAAAGGAUUAGGCCUGUAUUCUAUGAAAUAGAAGAAGCGGCGAGGGGGAGAAAGGACUUCGAGGAGAUUCGUUUGCUGCACGACAACUGUCUCACGCAGCUUGCCUCGAGAUGCUGGCUGCGUGUCUCCUCUCUGCUGCGGCCUUUGAUGCGGCUGCUUGUGGCGGGGCGGCGGCUGGCUGAGUUGGGGGCCCCCCCCGCUGCUCCUUCGGGGCCUCUGAGUUUGCGCUCGCAGAAGAAACCCCACGAAGAAGACAAAACAAACAAAAGGAAGAUGGAGUACGUAUCACCUAGGGUGGUGCUUUUGGGUUCGCUUGGAGAGGCCCAGUACUCCUUCUUGGCUGAGGCCCUAGCAGCAACCAGGAAAGAAAUCCGCGAGCAUAUAUCUCAGGUGUAUACGGAGAUGUGCGCGCUGAAGCAGGGGGCCCCCCAUGCCCUCUUGGGGGCCCUGGCGUUGCCUCUAGACUUCAAUGGUUUUCUCUCUCACCUCGUUUCGGGGGGCCCCUAUACCCCUAGGGGGCCCCCCUAUGGGGGCCCCCUGACCCCUAGGGGUAGCAGCAGGGGCCCCCUUGAGCAGCAGCAGAUGCAGGAGCCUCUGGUUACUGCUGAAGCUGCGGGGGCCCCCACAGCUGCAGCAGCAGCAGUCUUAGGGGCCCCUCGCAGGGCCCCCGGGGGCCCCCCGCCCCCUUCGGAGGCCCUCGCCCCCUGCAAGGGGGCCCCUUUGGUUUGA